GCGAAUAUUGGCCAGCCCUUAAUUACCACCCUGCACCUUAGAGCAUCCGUUGUUUCCCACCUGUUGUAGACCCGCUAUUUCCUUCAGAAAUGACCACUGCUGGUAAUGUCAUCAAGUGCAAGGCAGUAGUAGCCUGGGAGCCCCAGCAGCCUGUGGUGAUUGAGGAGAUAGAGGUAGCACCACCCCAGGCCAAUGAGGUCCGCAUCAAGAUUGUUUCAACAGCGCUGUGCCAUUCAGACCUGUACUGCCUGUUGAAGGUUGUGGAGAAGGAAUUUUUCCCAGUCGUCCUUGGCCAUGAGGCGGCCGGCAUUGUCGAGAGUGUUGGGCCUGGAGUCACAGAAUUUCAGCCAGGAGACAAGGUGAUUCCCCUCUACCUUCCUCAGUGUGGAGAAUGUCGCUUCUGUAAGAGCCCUAAGACCAAUCAGUGUGACGUAAUUUGGACUAGAAUGGGUUCAAAAGAAAUGGCACUGGAAAAGUCCAGGUUAACCUGUAAUGGGCAGAAGCUGCGGCAGUUUAUGGGAAUCAGCACCUUCUCUGAGUACACUGUGGCUCAUCAGAUGGCUGUGGCUAAGAUUGACCCUGAUGCUCCUCUGGAUAAAGUCUGCCUCCUUGGGUGUGGGGUCUGCACUGGGUAUGGGGCAGCUGUUAAUACUGCUAAGGUUGAGCCAGGCUCCACCUGUGCCGUGUUUGGUCUGGGAGCUGUGGGUUUGGCUGCAGUCAUGGGCUGUGAGGCUGCAGGAGCCAAAAGGAUUAUUGUUGUUGACAUCAACCCAGACAAGUUUGAGAAAGCCAGGGAGUUUGGAGCUACUGACUUCGUCAAUCCCAAGGAUCACAAUAAACCCAUUAGUCAAGUGCUAAUGGAGAUGACUGGUGGAGGUGUGGACUACUCCCUGGAAUGUGUUGGUGAUGUGGAAUGCAUGCGCAGUGCUUUGGAGUCCUGUGUGAAAGGCUGGGGUGUCAGUGUGAUCGUGGGAUUGACAGACAUGCAAGACGUAACCACCCGACCUCUUCAGCUCACCUCGGGACGUACAUGGACUGGCUGCCUGUUUGGAGGAUUUAAAAGUAAGGAUGCUGUUCCUAAGAUGGUGAAAGACUACCUGGAAAAGAAACUGAAGCUGGAUGAGUUUAUCAGUCACACUAUGACUAUGGAUGAAAUCAAUGAUGCCAUUGACCUAAUGAAGCAAGGCAAAUGCAUCCGGACAGUUAUGAGUGUUUGUCCAGAAUGAGGUGGUCAUGAGUUUCUCCACAAAAUAAACUCCAGUCCUGAAUUCAACAACCCUAAAAUAACUCAUCACUACACUGGAUUUCAAACGGUACACUGUGCAUAAAGGGAAUCAGACAUCCAUGGAUGGUUGAAAUCUGUGUUGAUAAGAGAAACUAAACACUGUUUAAAGAGCAAAAUAAAUGGUUUAAACAAA